AGUGUUCGAUUAUAGUAAUUAAAAAAAUCAAACUAUGUCAUGGGGGACCUGACGCGGCUAAUGGAAUUGCUACAAUUGCACCUUUUCAAUUUGCAGUACUUUCAACUUUUAGCACUUGUGAGCUGUUGCAUGGAUGUACAAGGAAAAUGAGGCUUAAAGAAAACAAAAUGCGUGCAGAAUGAAUGGAACCCAACUGACUCUUACCUCGCAGGGGCAGAACUACUCAGAGAAUGCAAAUGGAACGAGCGCAGCUAGACCCCCUCCUCACUUCCAGACUGCCGCGGCAUUCAUUAUUCUGGUGGUCAUCGUGAUCAUCGUAGUGACCAUCGUGGGGAAUGUGCUGGUCGUGGUGGCCGUCUUCACCAGCAGGGCGCUCCGGGCGCCACAGAACCUAUUUUUGGUUUCCCUGGCGUCCGCAGACAUCCUCGUGGCCACGCUGGUCAUUCCUUUCUCCCUUGCCAACGAAAUCAUGGGAUACUGGUACUUCGGGAGCACAUGGUGCGCUUUGUAUCUCGCUCUGGAUGUUCUAUUUUGCACUUCCUCCAUUGUCCACCUCUGUGCCAUCAGCCUGGACAGGUAUUGGUCUGUGACAAAAGCGGUGAGCUAUAACUUAAAAAGAACGCCCAGACGAAUCAAGGCGAUGAUCGCAGUGGUGUGGGUCAUAUCAGCAGUUAUCUCUUUUCCGCCUCUGGUUAUGACUAAACAUGAUGAGUGGGAAUGUUUGCUCAAUAACGAGACCUGGUACAUUCUUUCCUCAUGCUUGGUCUCAUUCUUUGCCCCGUGUGUAAUAAUGAUUCUGGUGUACUGUAAAAUAUACAGGGUGGCCAAACAGCGCGCUGCGACAGUGUUUGUGGCCAGAAACGGGCUGGAGAGACAGCCAUCUCAGUCUGAAACUUGUUUCGUGCGAAAGAACAAGUCAGACAUGGAGAGCCCGAGCAGCCACAGUUCAGGCAGCAAUCACCGACAAGAGGAACUGGACGACAUCGAUCUGGAGGAGAGCAUACCCUCCGACAACAAAAUUGGGAACUCUCGGUUCUCCAAAAGGAACCAAACGGAGGGCGCCAAUUACUGCGCCAAACGGACCUGUCGCCUUUCCUGGGCUUCCAGUCGGGCAUCACAACUCUUUCAGGAACAAAUUACGAAACGACAACAGUCAAUUUCCAGGUCUAAAGUGGCGCAGAUGAGGGAGAAGCGUUUCACUUUCGUUCUCGCGGUUGUGAUGGGGGUCUUCGUGCUCUGUUGGUUCCCGUUCUUCUUCACUUACAGUCUGCAUGCCAUAUGUAGGGAAAAUUGCACAAUCCCAGACGCGUUAUUCAACCUUUUCUUUUGGAUUGGUUACUGUAACAGCUCAGUAAAUCCCAUAAUUUACACAAUUUUCAACAGGGAUUUUCGAAAAGCAUUUAAGAAAAUCCUAUGCAGGACUGGGAGACGCGCAUGAGUUAAUUUUGUGCUUCGGGUUCGAUUCCUACUUAGAUGUGUCGGUUGUUAUUUCCAUUCAUCUGUACAUUUAGGUAUGUAAAUAAGUUUGAAAUUAUAUGCAUUUAAAUAUAUGCGCAAUUCAUGUUUUGCACGCCUAAACGGUGACGCUGUUGAAAUUAUACAGCUAGUUAAUGUUUAGUAUGGCAUUGUGAAAAUGGUGCGUUUUUACAGUCUACAUGUUUACCGUGGGACAUUAAAGGAUUUUAAAGCAAAGUUACAGUAGGCCGAUCUUAACGAUGAAAAAGUGUGCAGUAAACAUAACCUCAUUUAUUUCUCACCUCGCGACUGAUGUUCCAUACAAAAAUCAAACUGCGGCGUGAAUUUUAAAAAAAUCACGAUCAGUGAUUAAAUGGCCGUUUUACUGGUGCGAUACAUAACGAUACAGAACGAUCUAGUUGUACGUGAAUUAAAAGGGAUCGUGGUUUAACAUUGUGUAGCUAUCCCAUAACCCUUUUUGUAUGCAAUUAUGUAAGUUUCACUGAAUAAGAGAGCCCAAGAAAUGUGUAUCAUUUUCGUCUACCGGAAGUAAGUUGAAAAAUAAGUUUUUGGACAUUGCAACGCCAAAAUGAGCUCUUGUUGCCUAUAGCCUAUUAUCAUCCUGGAAUUUGUUCUAAUAUAGAGCAAGCAAGGAAGACGAAACAUUAUGAACAUAUUUUGUACAAAUAUUUUAUUAAAAAAAUAUUGGUUCUAGGUAAUAUACUAUUUGAGUAAAUUUGAUUUACCUACAACCCACCCACACUGCUCAUAUAUUGACCGCAGAAAUACAUGCGGGCGUGAUGAAGUAGCGAGGCAUCAUGUGCGUAUAAAAUCGUCGUCGAUCUGACUCAGAAAGGUUUUAAUUUCUAUCGCAUCCUAUAAUGUGAGGCUCGCACCCUGUAAUGUGAGGCAACCGAUCAUUACAUAGCCUACAGAUUCCACGAUUUAUAUUUCAGGCAAAUCACUUGAGUCACUUUGAGUCACGCAUAUGCUUUGGCUAUUAGACAGGAAUGAAUGGAAUGAUGGUUUUCACAUUACAGGGUAUGGAAAUCAGUGCCUUUGAUAUGAAUAUAAAGCUAGUAUAAAUGAAAUACGCGUGCAGUCAAGCAAUGCAUUUUGGAAUGUGAGGGGCGGGGUUGCCUAUACUUGCUUCGAAUUGUGAAAUGCAAUGAUGUGGCUGUUCAUCAUUGGUCUAGCCUACUGGAGAAGAAUUCCCCACAUGUUAAUUUAAUAUCCGCGGGUUUUUUUUUUUUUUUUUUUUUUUGUCCCACAGCGUGCUGCUGUUUACAUUCCUUAAUGGCCGGUAUACCUUGGAUGCAGCAUCUUAUUGUGAUCUAUGUAAAUUCAAGAUUAGGCAGUUAAAUGUGUCCAUUUUGUGAAUAGACGAGGCAUUUAAAGUGCAAUGUAUAGUCUUUUUAUAUUACGAUUUACUUGUAUUUGCCAUUCAGUUCUGUAUUCAUGCAUCUUGUCAGGAUUUUAUUUGUUUUGAAUUGCUCUGAAAAUAAAAGUUCGUAUCAGAAUCAAAUAGGACCGAUAUUCGGGGUCGCAGGGCAGCGUCUUCUGCAUUUUUGCGGCAUUGACAAAUGGGUGUGAAAUGAGCUGAGAUUAGAUAGUAGAACAACAACAACAAGAACAACAUCAAUUAAUCCUGAUUACUAGCAGCGCUUCUUGUGGUCAAAACUAACUAUAUUAUCGCUGCUCAUCCGUCCAUUCAACAACCACAUAAUUGAAUCGCUAUCCAUGGUUCUGAAAGCCCGCCCACAUGACAGCACUGGGGCAUUGUUUUUCCGAUAUGGUAAGAAGGCAAGCCACCCCAACUGGGCCCCAAAUUAAUUCCAACCGGAACUUAGAUACUAGCCUGCAGCCUUAACAACGAAGAGUGAAAAAACAUUUUUAAUAAUUCAGUGUGGCGUUAAGAUCAUGCAAUAUCCUAUUCACAUUUUGUUAACUUAGUCACGCGUAUGUUUAUCUCGUCUCGUGACAAUACUGUCGUACUAAACACAGAAUAAGAUAAUGGGGUUAAAUAAUAUUUUUAAAAAGCUGUUUGCUGCUUGAAUUCAUUUUUUAUUGGAGUCUGCCUCCAGCAAACUGCACCUGUCAAGCAGAAGAUACUUUAAGUUAUUUAUUUGCUUUAUCAAAAAUGCAUUUUUAUAAACUAGUGUAAUUUAGAUCACCAAAGCUCUGCUGCAUCUAGAUUAUCAUUAAAACACACAUGACUGAAUCAAAAUAAUGGCUUAUUGUUGACUGAGAGCAAGACUCAUAAUUCAUUGUCCUAUACGACAUAAAAAUUGAUGCUUGGUUGUAAACCUUCAUGUGAUUAUUUUGAAAAUAAUAUAUGAGAGUCCGUUUAAAAAUGUCAAAUAUAGAAUUGGUGAACAGUUGACAUCCAUUUAGUUUUAUGAUUGUGAUACUUUAAGACAGGCCAUGAAAUUGAAUAGGCACUUAUUCUGAAAUAUACCUCCUUUGUAACAGAGACAGCUGUAGCUCUGUUAAAACAGUUCUUCAUGGUGGUAAUAAUCACUCCUAGGCGUUUAUGUAUUAGCACUCCCCAACCCCAACCCCGCCCCCUUC